ACGCUACCUGAAAAUACAAACGCGAACCCAAUCAAAUCCAUAAACACCACUGAAAUAAUACUGGAUGAACAUGAUAAAAGAAUCAACAAGCGGUAUUGUGGUGAGGAAAAUUGUCGAUUCUUGUUUGCUUAUCACCCUACAGAACAAGAAUCACAAGCAAACAUGCAUUUCAUGUCCUUUGCCCAAAUUGCUGAACGUCUCAACAGAACUCUUGUGCUUACCAACGUAGGUAACUCUCGCAUACAAGCUUGUAGAAAACACCCAUUCAGCUUCUACUUCAACGUCGACGAAUUCCGUCAUAGAUUUCCCAACGUUCGCAUGAUCACCCAAUCGGAUUUUCGGCAAUGGACCAUCGAUCGCAAGAGAAAGCCCGAAACCUACUGGAGUUGGAUUCAACCACGUGACAAUCCGUUCAAAGUCGAAUACCUAAAACCCUAUCCCAGAUUAUUAAAGGGACGUGAAUGCCUAAAGCAGUUUAAAUUCGUGUUAAAUCAUAAAACUGUAUUCAAAAAAAUAUUCCUGGGUGUAAAUUUUCUAUGGACACAGUCGGAAAUGGAUAUAGCGGUGACAAAAUUCAUGUUGCAACAACUGAACAUCACCAAAGAGGUGUUAUUAUUAGAACAUAGGUUGCCUAAAUUGUUAUUUAAAGACCCAGAAAAAGUUCCACCCAUACCUUAUGCCGAAAAGUUAGUUCAAUCUGCAGCCAACGUCUCGGAUUUCAUUCGACCGUAUGUGGGAAUACAUUGGCGUAUGGAACAAGGUAAUCCGAAAAUGAUGCCGAAAUGUGCACGUCGAUUGGUCAAGUACCUAAAAUCUCUCAAAGAUCACACCAGCAUUGAGAAUGUAUAUUUGGCCACCGAUUACCCUUUACUUGGAUCGAAGUCACACAAAGCACAAUCAUCAACAUUCCGAGAUUUAGGUCCAAAACACCACGAGGCAUUUGGGAUAUUAACAAAAUAUUUGAACGAGAGUAAACGUAUGCACACGUGGGUUUCGACCAAUGUGUUGGGCUAUUUGCCUAUGGAUGAAGGCUUGAUGGAUGAGUUCAGAGAAUCCGGGAUACAAGGCAUUGCGGAUAAGUUGAUGUUGAUAAAUGCCACGUGGUUUGUAAGUGGCCCAAAAGGCUGUGCUCGUACUUCGAGUACCUUCACUAAGAGGAUUAAAGAUUUUCGGAGGAGGAUUUUGGAGGGGGGUAAUAAGAGACUGUGGAAUAUUCAUGAGAGAUGGCAUUAA